AUGGCCAAGUAUGGAGAGCAUGAGGCCAGAGCUGACGAUGGGCAGAAUGAGUUCAGCGACAUCAUUAAGUCCAGAUCUGAUGAACACAAUGAUGUACAGAAGAAAACCUUUACCAAAUGGAUAAAUGCUCGAUUUUCAAAGAGUGGAAAACCACCCAUCAGUGAUAUGUUCACAGACCUCAAGGAUGGAAGGAAGCUAUUGGAUCUUCUAGAAGGCCUCACAGGAACCUCACUGCCGAAGGAACGUGGCUCCACAAGGGUGCACGCUUUAAAUAAUGUCAACAGAGUGCUGCAGGUUUUACAUCAGAAUAAUGUGGAUUUAGUGAAUAUAGGAGGAACGGACAUUGUAGAUGGAAAUCACAAACUGACUUUAGGAUUACUUUGGAGCAUCAUUUUGCACUGGCAGGUGAAAGAUGUCAUGAAGGAUAUCAUGUCAGACCUGCAGCAGACGAACAGCGAGAAGAUCCUGCUGAGCUGGGUGCGCCAGUCCACGAGGCCAUACAGUCAGGUCAACGUCCUCAACUUCACCACCAGCUGGACAGAUGGGCUUGCCUUUAAUGCCGUGCUCCACCGACAUAAACCUGAUCUCUUCAGCUGGGAUAGAGUUGUCAAAAUGUCCCCAACUGAGAGACUUGAACAUGCCUUCAGCAAGGCUCAAACUUAUUUGGGAAUUGAAAAGCUAUUAGAUCCUGAAGAUGUUGCCGUUCAGCUUCCUGACAAGAAAUCCAUAAUUAUGUACUUAACGUCUUUGUUUGAAGUGCUACCUCAGCAAGUCACUAUAGAUGCCAUCCGUGAGGUAGAAACACUCCCAAGGAAAUAUAAGAAAGAAUGUGAAGAAGGAGAAAUUAACAUACAGAGCUCGGCACCAGAGGAGGAGCAAGAGAGUCCCCGAGCUGAAACCCCCAGCACAGUCACGGAGGUUGAUAUGGAUCUAGACAGCUAUCAGAUAGCACUGGAGGAAGUGCUGACCUGGCUGCUUUCUGCCGAGGACACUUUUCAGGAGCAGGAUGACAUUUCUGAUGAUGUGGAAGAAGUCAAAGACCAGUUUGCAACCCAUGAAGCUUUCAUGAUGGAGCUGACAGCUCACCAGAGCAGCGUGGGGAACGUCUUGCAGGCAGGAAACCAACUGAUAACACAAGGAACUCUGACAGAUGAAGAGGAGUUUGAGAUUCAGGAACAAAUGUCCCUGCUGAAUGCCAGAUGGGAGGCGCUCAGAGUCGAAAGUAUGGACAGACAGUCCCGGUUGCACGAUGUCCUCAUGGAACUCCAGAGGAAACAGCUUCAGCAGCUGUCCGCCUGGUUAACACUCACGGAAGAACGCAUUCAAAAGAUGGAAACUUGCCCCCUGGAUGAUGACUUAAAAUCCCUGCAAAAGCUGCUGGAAGAUCAUAAAAGUUUGCAAAAUGAUCUUGAGGCUGAACAAGUGAAAGUGAAUUCCCUGACUCACAUGGUGGUGAUUGUUGAUGAAAACAGCGGCGAGAGUGCUACAGCUAUUUUGGAAGAUCAGUUACAGAAACUCGGUGAACGCUGGACUGCUGUGUGCCGAUGGACUGAAGAACGUUGGAAUAGGUUACAGGAAAUCAACAUUUUGUGGCAGGAGUUAUUGGAAGAACAGUGCUUGUUGAAAGCAUGGUUAACUGAAAAAGAAGAAUCUUUAAAUAAAGUCCAGACGAGCAACUUUAAAGACCAAAAGGAACUAAGCGUCAGUGUUCGACGACUGGCUAUUUUGAAGGAAGACAUGGAAAUGAAGCGCCAAGCAUUGGAUCAGCUGAGUGAGAUUGGCCAGGAUGUGGGUCAAUUACUUGAUAAUCCUAAAACAUCCAAGAAGAUCAACAGUGACUCAGAAGAACUGACUCAGAGAUGGGAUUCCUUGGUUCAGAGAUUAGAAGAUUCCUCCAACCAGGUGACUCAGGCUGUUGCAAAGCUGGGAAUGUCCCAGAUUCCUCAGAAGGAUCUUUUAGAGACGGUUCGCCUAAGAGAACAAGUAACUACAAAAAGGUCUAAGCAAGAGCUGCCUCCUCCUCCUCCCCCAAAGAAGAGACAGAUCCCUGUGGAUUUGGAAGCUAAAAAAAAGUUUGAUGCUAUAAGUGCUGAGCUGUUGACCUGGAUCUUGAAAUCGAAGACUGCCAUUCAAGCCACAGAGAUAAAAGAGUAUAAGAAGAUGCAAGAAACAUCAGAAAUGAAAAAGAAGUUGAAGGGAUUAGAAAAAGAACAGAUGGAAAUAAAACCCCGACUGGAUGAAUUAAACCAAACUGGACAAAUUCUUUUGGAGCAAAUGGGAAAAGAAGGUCUUCCUACUGAAGAAGUAAAAAAUAUUUUAGAGAAGGUAUUAUCGGAAUGGAAGAAUAUAUCACAGCGUUUGGAAGAUCAGGCAAGAAAAAUACAGCUGCAGGAAGAUAUUAAUGCUUAUUUCAAGCACCUUGAUGAGCUUGAAAAGACCAUAAAGACAAAAGAAGAGUGGGUAAAACACACUGCCUCUUCAGAAUCUCCCCAGGAGUCCUUGCCGAGCUUGAAGGACUCCCAUCAGCGGGAGCUGACAAACCUCCGAAGCCUCCACCCCGGAAUUGAAAUGCUGCGUGCAAGCUGCUCAGCCUUGAAGUCUCGGCCUUUUGCCCCAGACUUUGUCCAGCAGGAUUUCGAGAGCUUGGUGGGCCGCUACCAAGCCGUGCAACAGGGUUUAGAAGAGCGCCACCAACAGCUCGAGAAAGAACUGAAGAGCCGACCUGGACGUGCGUAUUUGGAAACAUUGAAAACACUGACAGAUCUGCUAAAUGACUCUGAAAGUAAGGCCCAGAUGUCUUUGAAUGUCUUGAAUGAUCUUGCAAAGGUGGAGAAGGCCCUCCAAGAAAAAAAGGCUCUUGAUGAAAUCCUGGUGAAUCAAAAACCUACCUUACAUAAACUUGCAGAAGAAACAAAGGCUUUGGAGAAAAAUGUUUCUCCAGAUAUAGAAAAAACAUUUAAGCAAGAAUUUGAUGAUGUUCAAGGAAAGUGGAACAAACUGAAGGUCAAGGUUUCCAAAGAUCUGCAUUUGCUUGAAGAAAUUAUCCCCAAACUCAGAACUUUUGAGGCUGAUUCGAAAGUCAUUGAGAAGUGGAUGGCUGGUGUGAAAGACUUCUUAAUGAAAGAGCAGGCUGUCCAAGGAGAUGCCGAAGGGCUGCAAAGACAGCUUGACCAGUGCUCUGCAUUUGUUAAUGAAAUAGAAACAAUAGAAUCAUCUCUGAAAGACAUGAAAGAAAUAGAGGCUAACCUCCGAAGCUGUCCAGCUGCUGGAAUCAAAGCCUGGAUGCAAACAAAGCUAGUUGACUGCCAAUCACAACUGGAGAAAUUUAGCAAGGAGAUUGCUAUUAAAAAAAAUAGGUUGUCUGAAAGUCAGGAAAAAGUGGUGAACCUGAAAAAAGACCUGGCAGAGAUGCAGGAAUGGAUGACGCAGGCAGAAGAGGACUACCUGGAGAGGGACUUUGAAUAUAAGUCACCAGAAGAACUCGAGAGUGCGGUGGAAGAAAUGAAGAGGGCGAAAGAGGACGUGCUGCAGAAGGAGGUGCGAGUGAAGAUUCUCAAGGACAGCAUCAAGUUAUUAGCUGCAAAAGUGCCCUCUGGUGGCCAGGAGCUGACGUCUGAGCUGAACGUUGUGCUGGAGAAUUACCAACUUCUUUGUAAUAGAAUUCGAGGAAAGUGCCACACCCUGGAGGAGGUAUGGUCUUGUUGGAUUGAACUGCUUCACUAUUUGGAUCUUGAGACCACCUGGCUAAACACUUUGGAAGAGCGCAUGAAGAGCACAGAAGCCCUGCCUGAGAAGACAGAAGCUGUCGGCGAAGCCCUGGAGUCUUUAGAAUCUGUUUUGCGACAUCCAGCAGACAAUCGCACCCAGAUUCGGGAACUUGGCCAGACUCUGAUUGAUGGAGGAAUCCUUGAUGACAUAAUUAGUGAGAAACUGGAGGCUUUCAACAGUCGAUAUGAAGAUCUCAGUCACCUGGCAGAGAGCAAGCAGAUUUCUUUGGAAAAGCAGCUCCAGGUCCUGCGGGAAACUGACCACAUGCUUCAGGUCUUGCAGGAGAGCUUAGGGGAGCUGGACAAGCAGCUCACAACGUACUUGACUGACAGAGUAGAUGCCUUCCAAGUUCCGCAGGAAGCUCAGAAAAUCCAAGCAGAGAUCUCAGCCCAUGAGCUGACUCUAGAGGAGUUGAGAAGAAGUACAAGGUCUCCACUCCAGACCUCCCCAGAGGGCCGGACUGCCAGGGGAGGAAGUCAGAUGGAUGUGCUGCAGAGGAAACUUCGAGAGGUGUCCACAAAGUUCCAGCUUUUCCAGAAGCCUGCUAACUUUGAACAGCGCAUGCUUGACUGCAAGCGUGUGCUUGAUGGUGUGAAAGCAGAGCUGCAUAUUCUGGAUGUGAAGGAUGUGGACCCUGAUGUCAUACAGACCCACUUGGACAAGUGUAUGAAACUCUAUAAAAUUUUGAGUGAAGUCAAGCUUGAAGUGGAGACAGUAAUCAAAACAGGAAGGCACAUUGUCCAGAAGCAGCAAACCGACAACCCUAAGGGGAUGGAUGAGCAGCUGACUUCUCUGAAGGUUCUCUACAAUGACCUGGGUGCCCAGGUGACAGAGGGAAAACAGGAUCUGGAAAGAGCAUCCCAGUUGGCUCGGAAAAUGAAGAAAGAGGCUGCUUCUCUCUCUGAAUGGCUUUCUGUUACUGAAACAGAACUGGUACAGAAAUCCACUUCAGAAACUUUGCUUGGUGAUUUGGAUACAGAAAUUUCCUGGGCUAAAAAUAUUCUGAAGGAUCUGGAGAAAAGAAAAGCCGAUUUGAACGCCAUCACAGAGAGCGGUGCUGCCCUGAGGAACUUGGUCGAGGGCGGUGAGGCCGUCUUGGAAGAGAAGCUCUGUGUGCUUAGUGCUGGGUGGAGCCGGGUCCGCACCUGGGCUGAGGAUUGGUGCAGCACCCUGAUGAACCAUCAGAACCAGUUGGAAAUAUUUGAUGGCAAUGUUGCUCACAUAAGCACUUGGCUUUAUCAAGCUGAAGCACUAUUGGAUGAGAUCGAAAAAAAGCCAGCAAGCAAACGAGAAGAAAUUGUGAAGCGUUUACUCUCUGAGAUGGAUGAUGUCAAUCUCCAAGUGCAAAAUGUCCGAGAUCAAGCUGUUGUUUUGAUGAGUGCACGUGGAGGCUCAAGCCGGGAGCUUGUAGAACCAAAAUUAGCUGAAUUGAACAGAAAUUUUGAAAAGGUCUCUCAACACAUCAGAAGUGCCAAAUUGCUAAUUGGCCAGGAACCGUUAUCAUAUCCGUGUCUGGUCACUGCUGAAGCGUUUGAAGUUGGUGUGCCUUUCUCUGACUUGGAAAAGUUAGAAAAUGACAUAGAUAAUAUGUUAAAAGUUAUGGAAAAACACUUGGAAUCCAGUGAUGAAGAUGAAAAGAUGGAUGAGGAGAGAGCCCAGAUUGAGGAAGUUCUACAGAGAGGAGAGCAAAUGUUGCAUCAACCUAUGGAAGAUACUAAGAAAGAAAAGAUCCGUUUGCAGUUACUACUUUUGCACACAAGAUACAACAAAACUAAGGCAGUCCCUAUUCAACAGAGAACAAGUCAGCUCGCUUCUGGAAUUAGAUCACCACCCCUUCCCACAGAUUAUCUGAUUGAAAUUAACAAAGUUUUACUUUCCAUGGAUGAUGUUGAAUUAUCACUUAAUACUCCAGAGCUAAGCUCUGUUGUCUAUGAAGAAUUCUCCUUUCAGGAAGAUUCUCUGAAGAAUAUCAAAGAUCAACUGGACAAACUCGGAGAGCAGAUUGCAGUCAUUCAUGAAAAACAACCAGAUGUUAUCCUUGAAGCUUCCGGACCUGAAGCUAUUCAGAUUCGGGAUACACUUACUCAGUUGAAUGCAAAAUGGGACAGAAUUAAUAGAAUGUACAAUGAUCGUAAAGGUUAUUUUGAUAGGGCUAUGGAGGAAUGGAGACAGUUCCACUGUGACCUUAAUGACCUCACACACUGGAUAACAGAAGCUGAAGAGUUACUGGCUGGUACUUUUGCUCAGGAUGGUGGCCUGGACUUAGAGAAGGCCAGGAUACAUCAGCAGGAACUCGAGGAGGGGAUCAGCAGCCACCAGCCGAGUUUUGCAGCACUAAACAGAACGGGGGAUGGGAUUAUACAGAAACUCUCCCCGACAGAUGGAAGCUUCUUGAAGGACAAGCUGGCAGGUUUAAACCAACGCUGGGGUGCAAUCGCUGCAGAAGUGAAGGAUCGGCGACCAAGGUUAAAAGGAGAAAGUAAGCAGAUGAUGGAGUAUAGAGAAAGACUAGAUGAGAUUAUCUGUUGGUUAACAAAGGCUGAGAAUGCUGUACAGAAAAGAUCAACCACUGAACUGGAAGGAAACCUGCAAGAAUUAACAGACUUAACCCAGGAGAUGGAUGUACAAGCUGAGAAACUCAAGUGGCUGAAAAGAACUGAACUGGAAAUGCUUUCAGAUAAAAGUCUGAGUUUACAUGAAAGAGAAAAAGUUUCAGAGAGCUUAAGAACUGUAAAUUCGUCAUGGAAUAAGAUAUGCAGAGAAGUGCCUGGUGUGCUGAAGGAACGCUUCCAGGAUCCCUGUUCUGUUGCUCAGAUGAGAAUUGCUGCUCAUCCCGGUGUCCAAAAGGUGGUGCUAGCAUCAUCUGCAUCAGAUAUUCCUGUCGCAUCUCCUCGUACUUCAGAAAUUUCAGUUCCUGCUGAUCUGGAUAAGACGAUAACAGAACUAGCCGACUGGCUGGUAUUGAUCGACCAGAUGCUGAAGUCCAACAUUGUCACUGUCGGGGAUGUAGAAGAGAUCAAUAAGACAAUUUCACGAAUGAAAAUCACAAAGGCUGACUUAGAACAGCGCCAUCCUCAGCUCGAUUAUGUCUUUACAUUGGCACAGAAUCUGAAAAAUAAAGCUUCCAGUUCAGACGUGAGAACAGCAAUCACUGAAAAAUUGGAAAAGGUCAAGAACCAGUGGGAUAACACCCAGCACGGUGUGGAGUUAAGACGGCAGCAGCUGGAGGACAUGAUUGUUGACAGUCUCCAGUGGGAUGACCACAGGGAGGAGACGGAGGAGCUCAUGAGAAAGUAUGAGGCUCGCCUCUACAUUCUGCAACAGGCUCGAAGGGAUCCCCUUGUCAAACAGAUUUCUGAUAAUCAAAUGCUGCUUCAAGAACUGGCUGCUGGAGAUGGUGUUGUAAUGGCGUUCGAUAGUGUCCUGCAGAAACUGCUGGAAGAAUAUGGCAGUGAUGACACAAGAAAUGUGAAAGAAACCACAGAGUACCUAAAAACAGCAUGGAUCAAUCUAAAGCAAAGCAUUGCUGACAGACAGAGUGCCUUGGAGGCUGAGCUAAGGACAGUGCAAAGCUCUCGCAAGGAUCUGGAGAACUUCCUAAAGUGGAUACAAGAAGCAGAAACCACAGUUAAUGUGCUUGCGGAUGCCUCUCAGCGGGAGAAUGCUCUUCAGGACACUGUCCUGGCCAGAGAACUCACACAGCAGAUGCAGGACAUCCAGGCGGAAAUUGAUGCCCACAAUGACAUAUUUAAAAGCAUUGAUGGAAACAGGCAGAAGAUGGUAAAAGCUUUGGGAAAUUCCGAAGAGGCAACUAUGCUUCAGCAUCGACUGGAUGAUAUGAACCAAAGAUGGAAUGACUUAAAAGCGAAAUCUGCCAGCAUCCGGGCUCAUUUGGAGGCCAGUGCUGAGAAAUGGAACAGAUUGCUGACGUCUUUAGAAGAACUGAUCAAAUGGCUGAAUAUAAAAGAUGAAGAGCUUAAGAAGCAAAUGCCUAUUGGAGGCGAUGUCCCAGCCUUACAACUCCAAUAUGAUCAUUGUAAAGCACUGAGACGUGAGUUAAAGGAGAAAGAGUAUUCUGUCCUGAAUGCUAUAGACCAAGCUCGAGUUUUCCUGGCUGAUCAGCCAAUUGAGGCCCCUGAAGAACCAAGAAGAAACCUACAAUCAAAAACAGAAUUGACUCCUGAGGAGAAAGCCCAAAAGAUUGCCAAAGCCAUGCGCAAGCAGUCUUCCGAAGUCAAAGAGAAGUGGGAAAGUCUAAAUGCUGUUACUAGCAGUUGGCAAAAGCAAGUGGACAAGGCGUUGGAAAAGCUCAGAGACCUGCAGGGAGCGAUGGAUGACUUGGAUGCUGACCUGAAGGAGGCAGAGGCUGUGCGGAAUGGCUGGAAGCCCGUGGGAGACUUGCUUAUCGACUCACUUCAGGACCACAUUGAGAAAACCAUGGCAUUUAGAGAAGAAAUUGCACCAAUCAACUUAAAAGUUAAAACAAUGAAUGAUUUAUCCAGUCAACUGUCUCCUCUUGACUUGCACCCAUCUCUAAAGAUGUCUCGCCAGCUUGAUGACCUUAAUAUGCGAUGGAAACUUUUGCAGGUUUCUGUAGAUGAUCGCCUUAAACAGCUUCAGGAAGCCCACAGAGAUUUUGGACCAUCCUCUCAGCAUUUUCUCUCUACUUCAGUCCAGCUGCCAUGGCAAAGAUCCAUUUCACAUAAUAAAGUGCCCUAUUACAUCAAUCAUCAAACUCAGACAACCUGUUGGGAUCAUCCUAAAAUGACUGAACUCUUUCAAUCCCUUGCUGACCUGAAUAACGUACGUUUCUCUGCCUACCGUACAGCCAUCAAAAUCCGAAGACUCCAAAAAGCACUGUGUUUGGAUCUCUUAGAGUUGAAUACAACAAAUGAAGUUUUCGAACAGCACAAACUGAACCAAAAUGAUCAGCUUCUUAGCGUUCCAGAUGUCAUCAACUGUCUGACAACAACUUAUGAUGGCCUUGAGCAAAUGCAUAAGAACCUGGUCAACGUUCCUCUCUGCGUGGAUAUGUGUCUCAACUGGCUACUCAAUGUAUAUGAUACGGGCCGGACUGGAAAAAUAAGAGUGCAGAGUCUGAAGAUUGGAUUGAUUGCUCUCUCCAAAGGCCUAUUAGAAGAAAAAUACAGAUAUCUCUUUAAGGAAGUGGCGGGGCCCACAGAGAUGUGCGACCAGAGGCAGCUGGGCCUGUUACUGCACGAUGCGAUCCAGAUCCCUCGGCAGCUGGGGGAGGUAGCAGCUUUCGGGGGCAGUAAUAUUGAGCCCAGCGUUCGCAGCUGCUUCCAACAGAAUAACAACAAGCCAGAGAUAAGUGUGAAAGAGUUUAUAGAUUGGAUGCGUCUGGAGCCACAGUCCAUGGUCUGGCUGCCGGUUCUACAUCGAGUGGCAGCAGCUGAGACGGCAAAACAUCAGGCUAAAUGCAACAUCUGUAAAGAAUGUCCAAUUGUUGGAUUCAGGUAUAGAAGCCUGAAGCAUUUUAACUAUGAUGUUUGCCAGAGUUGCUUUUUUUCGGGUCGUACAGCAAAAGGUCACAAAUUGCAUUACCCAAUGGUGGAAUAUUGUAUACCUACAACAUCUGGGGAAGAUGUACGGGACUUCACAAAGGUGCUGAAGAAUAAGUUCAGAUCGAAGAAAUACUUUGCCAAACAUCCUCGGCUUGGCUACCUACCUGUCCAGACAGUUCUUGAAGGUGACAACUUAGAGACUCCUAUCACACUCAUCAGUAUGUGGCCAGAGCACUAUGACCCUUCGCAGUCUCCUCAGCUGUUUCAUGAUGAUACCCAUUCAAGAAUAGAACAGUAUGCUACACGACUGGCCCAAAUGGAAAGGACCAAUGGGUCUUUCCUCACUGAUAGCAGCUCUACCACAGGAAGUGUGGAGGACGAGCAUGCUCUCAUCCAGCAAUACUGCCAGACGCUCGGAGGGGAGUCCCCAGUGAGCCAGCCCCAGAGUCCAGCUCAGAUCCUGAAGUUGGUAGAAAGGGAAGAACGUGGAGAACUGGAGCGGAUCAUUGCCGACCUGGAGGAAGAACAAAGAAAUCUGCAGGUGGAAUACGAGCAGCUGAAAGAGCAGCACUUGAGAAGGGGCCUCCCCGUCGGCUCCCCUCCAGAGUCUGUUGUGUCCCCGCAUCACACGUCUGAGGAUUCAGAACUUAUAGCAGAGGCGAAACUCCUCAGGCAGCACAAAGGUCGGCUGGAGGCUAGGAUGCAGAUUUUAGAAGAUCACAACAAGCAGUUGGAGUCUCAGCUCCACCGACUUCGGCAGCUGCUAGAGCAGCCUGAAUCUGAUUCACAAAUCAAUGGCGUCUCCCCUUGGGCUUCCCCUCAGCAGUCGGCACUGAACUAUUCGCUGGAUCCAGACCCGGGCCCACAGUUCCACCAGGCAGGCACGGCGGCAGAGGAGCUGCUGGCGCCCCCUCAUGACACCAGCACGGACCUCACAGAGGUCAUGGAGCAGAUCAACAGUACGUUUCCAUCCUGUUGCCCAAAUCUCCCCAGCAGGCCACAGGCAAUGUGAAGUAUUCAUCUAGCCAACCAACAUUUCUUGAUUUACAGUGUUGCCCUUUUCAGCAAAUGCCAAUGUCAAGUUCCAUUUAAUCAGAAGCUCCAUGGCUCUUUGAAUUAUGCUGUUGGGUGCGGACUGUGUGUUCUACUGAAGGAGUAAAACACUGCCUAUCC